GAAAUUGCUAGAAAUAUCGACAAAGAAAGAUCAACAACGCUUCGCUUUAUAUAAAAACCUGGAAACGAUUUUGCGAUGUCUGAGUUGGAACUUCUAACUAUAAAAGCAAAAUAUAAAGGAGUCAUUCGGCGCCUAAAGAUUAAAAAGAACAUUUCAUACGAAUGCUUACAUAAGCAGUUGAGAAAUAGUUUUGGAAUAAACAACUGCCAACUUCAGUACAAUGAUGAAGAAGGGGAUUCGAUUGAACUGGGAUCUGAAGAAGAGCUGCGAGAGGCUUUCAAAGUUGCCAAAAAGAAUCCUCCUCUCAAAAUCAAACUAAUUUCUGAUGAGAAACCCAUCAUGACUGAUUUGGUUCAAGAGCCAAACAAAGUUGUUCCACCAACUACUGCGAAAGAGCCAUUGUUUAAAAUUGAGCAAGAUAUAAACAUGACAUCAUCAUCUGAGUCAUUGUUUAAUGUACAACAAAUCUCAAAUGAAAAAUCAUUGCAGAAGCGCAAGCAAAACUCCAAACCAAUUGGAUUUUAUAGCUCCUUGUGUCGUGACAUGGGUGACUUGGAGAUUUCAUCAAGUGGAAGCAAGGAUGAGGAUUCAAGAAGUGAAGUUAGCUCAAAGAAGGAUAAGAAACGAGCAAAGAAGGAAAAUUCAUUGAGAGGAAGCAAAUAUUAUAAGGCUUUGGCAGAGGAUAUCAUAGCAUCUCAAAUUGAAAGCUCCAAGGAAGAUGAAACAAGUUUAUCCAAUGUAACUCCUUCAUCUGAUAUGGAUAUGAGUGGCAAUGAAGAACAACCACCACCAAAGUGGUUUACUAAAGCUUUCAACCAGAUGUGUAAUUCAAUGUUAUCAAAAGUUGUGGAUGAAUUGAACAAUGCAAAGAUGACAACAUCCACUGAAAUCCCUACAUCAAAGCCAGCAUUAAAAACACAAAGUGAUGUAGUUCACGAGGGUAUCAAGUGUAAUAGUUGUCAACAAACAAUAAUAGGCAUACGUUACAAAUGCGGAAAUUGCCCAGAUUUUGAUCUGUGUGAGGACUGCGAGGCAAUAGAGGGCAUCCACAAUCCCUCCCACGUCUUCCUGAAACUACGUAAUCCUGGCGUGAGCAUUGGACAAAAACAUGGCGUCAUGAUUCCAUUGCUCAAGAAUCUUUUAUACAAAGAUAGCAAAUUUGCUGCAGAAGAUAAGCAAAUCAGGGAAUUGCGUAGGACGUUGAAGCAAAAGAUGGCGGUAAAGAAACGUGAAGAGCAAGUUGCCAAGAAGAAAUCCACCGAUAAGGCAAUGAAAAAACAUGCGGGAAAAGUCCUCGCUGGUCAAAGAUUCUUUGGGUUAAGAGUUAUUGACGAUGGAGAUUAUCCAGCCCGUACUGAAAUCUUGCCAAGAAAUCAGUUCACGAAAAGUUGGCUUGUUAUCAAUUCAGGAAAAAUGGCAUGGGACGAAGACACCAAGUUGAUAUUUGUGUCUGGUUCUUUGAAAUGUUUGGCAUUUAACGAGACGAGCCUUCCUCGCCUACAACCAGGAGAGCAAGGAACAGCAACUGUACCGUUUGUUGCACCUGUUGAACUAGGUGAAUACACGAGCGUGUGGCGUGCGGUGUAUAAAGGGUCACAUUUUGGCAACAAGCUAUUUUGCAAAAUCCGCGUUGUCCCAGAACCAGAGAAAUCAGAUGACGAAGAAGAUGUUUUUGUUGACGCAUGCAAUACAUCCAUAUUCCUUGACGACCCAAAAGAUGACUUGAAUCCCAUGCCGGGAGUCGCGAUAGACGAAAUAUUGACAGCAGAUGCCCACGUCAUCGAGAGUAGUUCCCAGGGUCCAACAUUAUCCAGCGAUGCUGCGAUUAUCGAGAGUAAUGAUCUGGAAUGGGAUACAUGUUUGAUUAAUGACCAUGAUCCUCCAGUUCUUGUGCAACAAGACGAUGGAUUUGAAAUCGAAGCGAUAAGCGACGAUGGUUCAGAUGAUUUCUGUGUGAUACCACUGCCAGCAUGUUUUAAUCCAGAUAUUCCGCUCAGUACGGACGAUCCUGAGUACAAGGCCCAUCUUGAUGCGGAUGUUGAAUAUCAUAAAGUAUAUGAUCAAAUUAAUGUAAACAUGGUCUCCGUGGAUGAUGUUGAAGAUGAAUCAUUGGAGGAGCAAGCUGUUUUCAUUUCUUCACAAUAUACAUCGGCAGAAAGCAAUAAACAACUGCCCCUACAUAUUUUCUCAAAACCGAUAAAUAUUGAAGCAAAAAAUGAAGAAACUUUACCGACUCCAACAUUUGAUCCGAGAACAGCAAUCAGCAAACCCCAUGCUCCCCAACCGCUUUCAUUUGAACGAACUCCGAUUAUGUCGAGUUGGUUAUCAGCUUCGCCCCCCGGUAGAGCAGUGCCUGUAUUACAAUAUAGAAGUGGUCCAUCCAACGUGUCCAGUAGUUCAUCUCCUGAUACCGAGAAGUUUCACACUCCACUUGGUAAUGACUCGCAGCCAGUUCGAACUCAACCUCCUGACGUUAGUGGCGCGCCUCAACCAUAUCUGAAGGAGAAAACAGUGACAAUUCAACCGCAACCCACGUCAAAAACCUCAACCUCUGAUCAAUCUGCGGCCAAUCUCACGUCCACAGUCGGUGGUACAAUCAAACGCGCCUUGGGGACGGUCACUAAUACUGUUACGUCAUUUAUGACCGGUAAAGAUGAGACCGCGUUAAAUGGAGAAGUUUUGAACUCAGAAAAAAGAGCAAAAGCGACAAGUAAAGGCCAAUCGAGAAGUGAACAUGAACUUCAAACUGCUAUGAAACAGCUAGAGGAGAUGGGAUUCCAUGAUCACGAACGGAAUAAAAUUUUAUUGAAGCAGUUCAAUUUGGAUGUUAGUAUGGUUGUGACAAAACUUUUUUAAGACACCGAUUUUGAUCGGUCAAUCCUUGGACUUUCGUGUCAAUUAGAAAUGAAUCAAGACAUGGAAGUUAUUUAGAAUGUACAUGGACUAUCACAGAUGCAACGUUGUGUGUUUUUUUGAUGUUCGUAAAGGUUUCAAUGUUGAAAAGUGUAUUGUGUUGGAGUAGCAAGGUCAUAUCGUGUCGGAGUUAUAGUACACCUGUAAUUAUCUACCACAAAAAAAUAUUUUGAAAUUCAGAACUUGAAGAAAAACGUUCAGGAGCAGCAAAAUAUCAUUUUUAUUGUAAUAUCAUUAUGAAAUUCAAUAAAUUUAUUGUGACAAACUCUAUAAGGCUUCUACUUACAGUAACUAUAAUCAUACUAGUACUCAUACCAUUGCUACUAGCAUUACCGUUAUAUUAACAUUAAUACCAUUUCAACUUAAGCAGAAUGGUAUAUUAGAGUUUGUUACUCGAAAAUUAUUGAAUUUAAUCGAGCGUGCACAAUGUAAUUCCUACGUCUAUAUAAUUAUCUUAACUUACAAUUUUCAUAUUUUUAAGUAAAACAUUUUCGAUGCUGAAAUUAUGUAGAAACUAUAACUCAAUUGGAGCUCGAUCUUUACAAAUGCUUACACGUGCAUCGGUGAACGGUAGGCUUGUAAGUAAUUAUCAAGCUUUGGUGCUCAUUGUUAAAUACUUUAGACACAAUUUUCUUUGAUAAUGUUUGACUUUUGUAACAUCGCCAUAAUUUAUCGUAAUUAUCAAGGGUAGUAUAGAAUCAUGGUAAAAAUAAAGCACAAAUAUUAAUAAUCAAUAAGAAAAGAAAAGUCAGUUCAAUAAAACGACAAAUCUUUUUUUUGUGA